GUCAUCACUUAUAUCUUGAAUUUUCUACCUAUCUCUGACCGAAAAGAGGCGUCUUUGGUUGACCGAACCUGGUAUUUUGCAGCCCAAGACUCUCUGCGACAGGAGAAUGUCCUCUACAACAUCCCAGCUACCUCCGCUUCCCUGGGCACCAUCCGGAGUUUGGCCCAAAGGCACGUAUACAACGUCAAGAUGGCCAACUUGGACAGCUCUACCACUUCCCGCGACGUCGUCAAAUGCACCGCCAACUACCUGGGCCCCCACCUGCGCAGCCUCUGCCUGAACGGCAGCUGCCUGACCGAAGCCAGCUUCGAGGAGCUCCUCUUGGCUUGCCCCAACCUCAUAGCCCUGGACCUGAGCGGUUGCAACAGCAUCUUCAUGUCCGGCACCCUGCUCUCCAAAAAAGAGAUCUUAUUGCAAGCCCAAGAAGCGCUAGCCAAUUUGCAGGAACUGAACAUGUCCAGCGUAAGGUACUUGUCCGAUCUCACUUUCAACCGCCUGACCAGCUGUUGUCCACAGCUGGCCAAGCUGGCCCUGGCCCGCUGCCACAUUACCUUUGAGUUCGACAGCUACAGCGGCUCCCACAACUACAACUCCUCGGCCCUGUUGUCUUUCCGCAACCUUGUACACUUUCUUGGCCGGCGAGCCGCUGGCGUGAAGUCUCUGGAUUUGAGCGGCACCAACAUUAACGGCCAGGCAAUGAGGACCUUGGUCCAAGUGGGGAACCUGCAGCUGCAGGAAUUCAUCUUGCAGGCUUGCCGGGAUCUGACCAACGAGGCGGUCAGUGUCCUGUGUCAGCACCAGCCCCAUCUGACCACCCUGGACCUCAGCGGCUGCUCUGAGCUUUCGGACCAGGCUGGCCUGGCCAUCAGCUCCCGGCUUUUCGCACUCCAGUGCCUGCGCCUGGGGAAGCUCCCGCGGCUGACUGAUGCUGGCUUCCAGGGAAUAUCGCACCUGAAGCAUCUUCAGAGCUUGGAUGUGUCUGAAUGCAGUCUGGUCAGCUGCACUGAGCUCGUGAAAGCUUUUGGCACAAACACAACACCUCCCAAGCUAAAAUCUUUGAAGGUUGCCUUUUGUUCAUUAGUCAGGGACAGCACUGUGCUCUCUCUGGCCGAAGCUCUAAGCAAGAACCUUCAGGUUUUGGAUCUGUCGUCUUGCGUGUCGCUUUCUAACCGGAGUGUCCAAGCCAUCACUUCCAGACUUUUACGCUUGACUGUCCUCCGCUUGGCUUGGUGUAAAGAACUGACCGAUGAGGGCUUGCUGGGGAUCGAGGAGCCCAGAAAGGAGCAUGAAAGCGCCAAAGAGAAAGAUGCUGGCCCUAAGUUCAGCAGGAACUUUGGCAACAUGGGGUUUUUCCUGCCCCCACCCCAGUUUCUGGAGCAGGAUAAAAUGAUGGUCAUUCAUCUCAACCAACAGAAGGCCCAAGAGCAGCGCCAAACCUCUUUGAACGCCUUGACCCGUCUGCAAGAGCUGGAUCUGACCGCCUGCGGGAAGCUGACGGACAUGAGCAUAGCCAAGGUUAUUAGCUUCCCAGAUCUUCGCUACCUCUCUCUCAGCCUCGUGCCGAACAUCACCGACACCAGCCUCCUCGCUGUUGCACGCAACUGCCGGAGCUUGGAGCAUCUUGCGCUGAGCCACUGCACAAACCUGACGGACGGAGGCUUUGCCGAGGCAGCUGAAUCUUUGUGCAGGUUGCAGCAUCUCGUUCUUUCUGGCUGCAACCAGCUGACGCCCAGGACCCUGAAGUCCAUCGGUCGGAAGUGCCAGUUGCUGAAGUCCUUGGAUAUCUCCAUGUGCAGCCAGAUCAACAUGGCCGACGUGGAACGCUUCCAGUCACAGCUUCCCCCUCAGAGCAACACCAGCAUCCAGUCACGGUUUGUGGGUGGAGCAGACCUUUCCAUCACCCUUUGAGGAACCCUUGUGGGUUGUUGUGAGCCUAGACACUUUGGUUAACCUUUCUCCAUCCAGGUGGGAAGGCCGGCCUAGAGGGCCUCUUGCCCGCUGGCUGAAAAUGAAUUGCGAUCUUGUGGCCUCCUAACGCCCCAUCCAGGAAGCAAAUCCCACCUUCCGUGGUAGUGAAGACAGGUCCCAAGACUAUUUUCCAGAAGUUAUUCAGCAAGGCCAGCAAUUUCAGUAUUCUAACAAGCAGAAUGGAAGAUAUUUAUUUGCUCCGAGAGUUUGAAAUGAGGUAAAUGCUGGGUGUGGUAAUCCCGACAAGACAGCAGGACAAGUCUUGUUAUUCAUACCAACUUUGAUAUAGCCAGAGAAGGGUGGUUUUUUUUUUUGUUUUUUUUGUCCCUUCUAAAGGCUGUGAAUUCCCUCUACGCAGACGGAAUAAGUACAUUCUUAGUGGCUAAUCCUUAAAAGGUCCCUUUGUCAAUUUUGGAGGAAACCUGGAUUUCCCUCUGCUUUCAAAGUCUGCCCUCCUCACUGAUACCAAAGCAUCCUUCGACAGUUCGGACACAGCGAGAGGUCCCACUGACUUCUUCUUGCAAACAGGGUGGGGGAAAAAAGCAACUUUUUCCGAUAGCAUCCCUCUCGUCUUCCUAAGCCCGGGAUUCACUUUGUGUACCUGGAGAGGGCGGUGUGUGUGUUUGUGUGUGUGUGUGUGAGAGAGAGAUAUAAAACAGGGCUGCCAUCUUAUCCGUGCUUUCGAGUUUGCGGCAAAGGACAAAGCAGGCUAUUAAACCCAACUCCCUCA